AUGAGCUGGAUAGUUUACAAGGGGUUCCAGCCCGGCCAGCUCGACUUUGGCUGGCCCGUGUGGACACUCAUUGUGCUGUGGCUGAGUGUGCCAGUCCUGUUCUAUUUUUGCAUGGCGCACGCGACGUAUCUCUGGCGGGUCCGCCAGAAACGCUUGGCUGGGCCGUCAGGAAACGACGUUGUCGUGAUCGUCCUCGGUGACCUUGGCCACUCGCCCCGCAUGGCGUACCAUGUGCGCAGUCUGGUGAAAAGCGGACGGUUUGUCCAUCUGUGCGGCUACUUGGAGAGCACACUGCCGGACUUCCUUUACGACGACGACACCGUCGACCUUUACGAGAUCCCUGUGAUUCGGCGCCGCAUGUGGAUGCCGUAUCUGGUAUUUGCAGCAUUCAAAGUAGUGGCGCAGUGUUGCAAGCUCACAAGCUUGCUCUCGACGGUCAUCGACGAAAAUACAGAGUACGUGCUCGUGCAGAAUCCUCCGUCCAUCCCUGUGCUGGCGAUUGCCGUCUUUUUGCGAAAAACAAUCUGUCCGCACGUCAAGAUAGUCGUCGACUGGCACAAUCUCAACUUUUCGAUCCUAAACCUCAAAUACCACAACGAUAAUCACCCUGCUGUGCAGCUUCUGCGGAACUACGAAAAAUAUAUGGGGAAACUUGCAGACUACCAUUUUACAGUGACUGAAAAGCUGAAAGAGUUUUUGCAGACAGACUUUGGAAUCGACGGCGCGAGGAUCAGCGUCGUGCACGACCGUCCGGGCGACGAGUUUGUGCCGCUCAAGGGCGACAAAAGGGCGAUUGUCAAAGAGCUAGCUGUGCUGGACGGAUUCCGGGACGCUGACAAAUUGAUUGUGUCAGCAACGUCGUUCACCGAGGACGAGGAUUUUGGCGUGUUAGUGGAGGCGCUGAAGAAACUAGACUCAAAACUGGACAGCAGAGUGUACAUGGUGGUUACAGGGAAGGGUCCACUUCAGAAGAAGUUUCUGGAUGCAGUGGCCCAAAAUAAAUGGAGUGAAAAUCUGAUUAUCCGAAACGUGUGGCUACCGGUCUCUGACUACCCAAAACUUCUUCAGGUUGCUGAUGCGGGGGUUUCCCUGCACUACUCGUCCUCGGGACUGGACCUUCCAAUGAAAAUCGUUGACCUUUUCGGCUGCGGCGUGCCUGUAGUGUCGAUGGAUUUUCCCGCGCUGCAUGAAUUGGUGACUGACCAAAACGGUCUUGUGAUGAAAAAUAAUUCAGAUGCCUCGGAACUUUGCGACAAAAUGUAUAGGCUGCUCUACGAGGUGGACCUGAAACCGGGGGCUUUGCGCGAAAGCGCACGGAGAUGGGACCAGGAGUGGCGGAACACAAAGAUAUUCUGA